AAGCUUAAAUCGUCUCAGAAGGACAAGGUCCGCCAGUUUAUGGCAUUUACACAGGCUGGUGAAAGAACUGCUAUAUACUGUUUAACGCAGAAUGAGUGGAAACUAGAAGUGGCAACAGACAACUUCUUCCAAAACCCGGACUCAUUCUACAAAGAAUCCAUGAGAAAUUCAGUAGACAAGAAGAAAUUAGAACAACUCUAUAAUAGGUACAAAGACCCUCAAGAUGAAAAUAAAAUUGGAAUUGAUGGAAUUCAACAGUUUUGUGAUGAUUUAAGCCUAGACCCUGCAAGCAUCAGUGUUUUGGUCAUAGCAUGGAAGUUCAGGGCAGCCACUCAGUGUGAAUUUAGCAAAAGAGAAUUUGUAGAUGGCAUGACAGAGCUUGGAUGUGACAACACAGAAAAACUAAAAGCUCUUUUGCCAAGAUUGGAGCAAGAGCUUAAGGACACAGUGAAGUUUAAAGAUUUUUAUCAGUUUACCUUUACCUUUGCUAAGAAUCCUGGGCAGAAAGGUUUAGAUUUAGAAAUGGCUGUUGCAUAUUGGAAUUUAGUAUUAUCUGGAAGGUUUAAAUUCUUAGAUCUAUGGAACAAAUUUUUGUUGGAACAUCACAAAAGGUCAAUCCCCAGGGACACUUGGAACCUUCUACUAGACUUUGGAAAUAUGAUUGCAGAUGAUAUGUCAAACUACGAUGAAGAAGGUGCGUGGCCUGUUCUUAUAGAUGACUUUGUAGAAUAUGCACGACCAGUAAUCACAGGUGGAAAGCACAGCACUUUCUAA